AUGAUAAAAAAAUCAAGAGGUCAGGCAGAAGUUUCAACCGAAGCUUCAUCAAUAGGAUUAAUUGUUUCCUCAGCUUCCACAGCCUCUGUAUCGUCACCAAUAUCAAGACCAAGUUCAAAAAAGAAAAUUUUUGGAGUUUUCUUGUAUAAAUUUGGUAAUGGUUCUAUAAAUUAUGAAAAGGAGGGUGAAGAAACUGAGAAGAUCGUUAAGGAGGAAGCUGGUGUGGAGGUUGAAGAAGCUAGUGGUAGAAUUGAGAUAGAGGUCGGGGAGGAAGCUGGUAUGGAGGUUGGCAAAGAAGCUGGUGGUGGAAUCGAGACAGAGGUCGAGGAGGAAGCUGAUGUAAAGGAAACAAAAUUACUUUUAGAUAUGGAAAAGAUAUUCCCAAUUCCAAAAAAAGUCAAACCAAUUUCAAAACAAAGACCACUCGAAUCACGUAAUGUUUGGAAACCUGUCACAACAGUUUUAUUUCAAAAAGACUAUACAAAGGCUACAAAAGAGAAACAAAUAAUAGAAGAAAGGCAAAGACAAAAGGUUGCAGAAUAUAAAUCUAAUAAAGAAUUCAAUGCUGCUUAUUUUAAAUUACCAAUUAUUGAUGCAAAAGUGGAGGACGAUAGUACUAUCUUGAUUAUAGAAGAAACACCAUACCGGAAGAGCCCAGGAUAUCUGAGAGAUACUACACUAGAAAACGCUACUAACUCCCCAGAAAUAUCACCACCAAAAUCGACCCUUAGGGACCUAGAAAGGGCAAUAACUGAAGUUACUAGUAAAAAGGUAGCAUUAGAAUUCCAAAGAGAAAAGGGUACAGAACUAGAUAAAAGGGACCGGGAAUUUAAAAUACAGGAAUACGAAAAGAAACUCCUUCAAUACAGAGCAUUAGUAGCAAAAGCAAAGGAAGACCAGAUGAGUGGAUUUUUUGGAGGAAUAUCAAGAUCAUUAUCAGGGGGAGGCCAGAACACAACAAAAGAAGACAAUUCGGAGACUAAACCAGUGGUUCAAAUGGUAGAAGCAAAAACAGGUAUUAAAACAGCAACAGGACCACCAGUGCCGGACCCAUCAACAAUAGUAAAAGAAAAUAAAGAAAAAAAGAAAGAGGCCGGGGCAUCUACUAGCAGCAGCAAGAAUAGUAAGCCACAAAGUACUGCAGGGGACAAUGUUGGAGGGACCAGUACGACAACACCAGUAACGGCAGGGACAUCUACUAAUCCACCAGAAAACCCAUUUUGCAUAAUUAAAAACUGUAAAAAUAAAAAACAAAAAGGAGCACAAUUCUGCAAGAGCUGCUUGGAUAAGCAGCUGGCAGCAAGACAAUGUGUAACCAAGGAUUGCACUAAUGUGAAAUUGGGAGGGUCGAAAUUUUGCUCAAAGUGCGCCUCCAAAAAUGACACAGUCUACUGCAAAGAGGGAACCUGCGUUGAACAAGCCCAAAUGGGAGAAUUAUACUGUGCAGUGCAUACAUGCACAACCAAUGGCUGUAUGGAGCCAAGGGAUGGGAAUAGCCAUCUGUGCAAAAACUGCUAUCAGAAAGUAGAAGAACAAAGAAAGGAAAGAGUAAAGUGUGCAAUAUUACGAUGUAAUAACAGAAGGGAGAUGGGCAAUAUCUUUUGCACAACAUGCAGGGGAUCUUUUUGUGAACAGUGUGGGACAGAUAAGGACGUGGGUGACCGAUAUUGUCGGGGGUGUAAAUGUCAAAUAGAUUCAUGCGAAAACAAAAGAGAAGAUUAUAAAACCUUUUGUAAGGAAUGUCAAGAGGACCCAAGAAGGUGUAUAACGGAAGACUGCCCUAGGGCAAAGCUAAGUGGAGGAAGCUAUUGUGAAAAUUGUAGAAGAAGGGAUUUGAGAAGAUGCCCAGCCCCUUUCUGUACGGAAUGGAAUCACAUAAAUAACACUCAGUGCCAACACUGUGGAGCCAAAAUAAGACAAUGUGAAGAACAGGGAUGUGAAAACCUUGUGCUAGAGGACGCAAUGUACUGUUGGCCCUGUGAAAAGAAUCUACCAGAGUGCAUAAGGGAAGGAUGCCGAAGCUCAGUGCAGCAUAGGUCAAAUCGGUACUGUGAUGUUUGCUUUAAUAACAUGAGCCCACCAAACACACCAUCACCAACAGUUUCUCGAACAGUCAGAAUGGGGCAAGGAGCGGGACCUCAACCAAACUUAGCAGGAACUAGUAUCCAGGGAAUAGGAAGAACUGCCACACCACCACCAAGACAACCGCCUAAUUGGCAAACAACAGUCACACAACCACCAGGGGGCCAGCAGGGUAUAGUUGAUCCAUUCAUCACAGUUAUUAGGUCAUCUUCCCCACCAAUUCUACCAAUUACACAACCAAUUGCAAUACCAGUACCCACUACACAACCACAACCACCACCACCACAGCCAAUAGCUCCACAACCAAUGCCGCCACUAGUACCAUUUCCACAGCAACCACCAGUGACUACCCAACAGCAGCAGUUGCCAUUACCAAUACCACCAGUUACAGUGGCAAGCACUCAACCAACACAACCACCACCAGGGCAACCACCAGUGGGAGGAACAUUUGGUCUUCAACACAUCAACACAUUAGUAGCUACCCAAGUAACACAACUAGGACAGAAUGUGAAUACACUAGCCAUGGAAAUCAGAGAAGGAAAAGUAAUGAGCAACCAGGGGAAUGUUUCCACUGUAAUAAAACAGGACAUUGGGCAAGGAACUGCCCAGAAAGAAACAAACGAGCAAAAUGUUACAAUUGUGGAAAAGAAGGCCACAUAUCAAGUCAAUGUAACAACAACCAAGAAGAGUUCUAUUGAACCAGGAGCAUUAUGA